AUGGAGGAAUUGGCAAGGUUGUACAUCAACGAUAUUGUAAGGUUGCAAGGAGUGCCAUCGAGCAUAGUGUCAGACUGUGAUCCCCGAUUCACAUCAAGAUUUUGGGAAGCUUUCCAAAGAGCUUUCGGUAUGAGACUGUCUCAGCACGGCAUAUCAUCCACAAACGGAUGGACAGUCAGAACGGACUAUUUAGACAUUGGAGGAUAUGCUAAGGGCGUGUGUCUUGGAUCAACCGAGAAGUUGGGACCGUUAUAUGCCAUUGGUGGAGUUUGCGUUACUCCUACAACUGGGAUUGGAAUGGCGAUUAAGACAAAGAAGUUGAAUCUGAGGUAUAUAGGGCCGUUUGACAUUUUGAGACGAUUCGGGCCGAUGGCAUAUCAAGUAGCCUUGCCGCCGCAUUUGUCUAACUUACAUGACGUAUUCCACGUGUCACAACUCUGUAAGUACACGUCGGAUGCAGCUCAUGUGUUAGAGCCUGAGUUGGUUGAGCUAAAGGAGAACUUGACUUUUCAAGUAGCACCGAUGCGAAUUGACCACAUUAGUGUGAAGAAACUACGAGGAAAGAAAGUUCAGUUGGUCAAGGUUGCUUGGAAGAGAGCAUGA